UCCGCAGCGCCAGACGCACCGAGAGACGGUGGAGUGAGAGGAACCGUGCGUAAAAACGCUCUCAGUGUGCAUGUGUCGGUGUUGGAGAGUUGGAGAGUGCGCGCUGACAGACAGGAGCGUCUCCAGAUGAGGAGGAAGAACCAGCGGAGUUCUUCUUCACUUUUAUUGACCUCUAAUCCACGCUCUUCUUUUUUCCUGGCUGGCUCAGCGGAAGAAGAAAAUAAACAUUAAGAAGAAGAAGAAUAAGAAGAAGAAGGGUGCGAUUCAGAGUAUUUUUUAGUAUUUUUAGCAUCCCUCUUUUCCCCCUCUCCCCGUCCCUUCUGAGUGCGGAGUGGCGGAGGGAGGGACGGGAGAACCGGGCGGACACUCUGCGCGCCUCCCCGGUGGAUGAGCCCCUGGAUGCGGGACGAUGGAUUAACAGCCCUCCCCGGAGCCCGCAGCUGCUUAUUUUUUCCCCGCCGACCCCCUGUCCUUCUCGGGAUUAUUUCAGGCCUCUGUGACCCCCCCGACCUCCCUCUCGAGAUGAGCGAGGAGUAUGUGUUGCGCUGCGUCCUGAUGCUCUGCUGCGCGCUGCUGUCCGCCAACGCGAGCAACUGGCUGUACCUGGCCAAGCUGUCGUCAGUGGGAAGCAUCCGGGAUGAGGAGACGUGCGAGAGGUUACGAGGUCUCAUCCAGAGACAGGUGCAGAUCUGUAAGCGCAGUGUGGAGGUGAUGGAUGCCGUGCGUCGUGGAGCUCAGCUGGCGAUCGACGAGUGUCAGUUCCAGUUUAGAAACCGGCGAUGGAACUGCUCCACGCUGGAGACCAUGCCUGUGUUUGGAAAGAUUGUCACGCAGAGCACCCGUGAGGCAGCCUUUGUGUACGCCAUCUCAGCAGCCAGUGUGGCGUUUGCGGUCACGAGGGCCUGCAGCAGCGGAGAGCUGGAAAAAUGUGGCUGUGACCACAAUGUUCAUGGAGUCAGUCCAGAGGGGUUCCAGUGGUCGGGCUGCAGUGAUAACAUUGCAUAUGGAGUGGCCUUCUCCCAGUCCUUUGUGGAUGUGAGGGAGAGGAGUAAAGGCCAGUCGUCCAAUCGGGCUCUCAUGAACCUGCACAACAACGAGGCCGGCAGGAAGGCCAUCCUGUCCCACAUGCGUGUAGAGUGCAAAUGUCACGGUGUGUCCGGCUCCUGCGAGGUGAAAACCUGCUGGAAAGCCAUGCCGCCUUUCCGCAAAGUGGGCAACGUCAUUAAGGAGAAGUUUGACGGUGCCACUGAGGUGGAGCAGCGUAAAGCAGGCACCACUAAAGUCCUCAUGCCUCGAAACUCCCAGUUCAAACCGCACACGGACGAAGAUCUGGUCUACCUUGAGCCCAGUCCGGAUUUCUGCGACCACGACCCCAAAAUGCCGGGAAUGUUUGGCACGGUUGGACGUCAGUGUAACCGAACAUCAAAGGCUAUAGACGGGUGCGAGCUGAUGUGCUGCGGACGAGGUUUCCAGACUCAGGAAGUGGAGGUGGUGGACAGGUGCAGCUGCAAAUUCCACUGGUGCUGCUACGUCAAAUGCAAACAGUGCCGCAAAAUGGUGGAGAUGCACACUUGCCGGUGAUGGGAGUCGGGGCAAAGAGGACAAAUCAAACGCCCCACACUCUAAGGAAAGAAAGGGAACAAGGAUGACUGUUGAAUGUCCCUCUUCUCCUGCUUGAAACCACCCCACCCUCCCACUACUGGUCCCUUUGUGCUUGUCCUGUUGGUGUUAUUCCACUUUAAAGGAUAUCAGUAGAUUAUGCAUGGGAUUUGCUACAGAGCUCCAGAGGCAGUUCUUCUCAAGUAGAAAGCAUAUUUUACUUUCUGUCUCCCUCCAUCCCUCACUCUUACAUUUGCUUUGUCAUUGAUUGCUUCUUAUUUUUGUAUUGUUUAACUUAUUUGUUGAGACUGAGGAGAUUGACGAGGAGUGGACCUAAGAAGGAGGAGAUAAUAAGGGACGAACUGGACCCAUGGGGGGGGUAAAAGGGUUGGGUUGGGGUCAAAAAGAGGGGUUUUUGCCCUUUAUCCUUGCUGCUGCUGCUGCUUCGGGACUCACUUUGUCAAAAAGGAGACGUAAAGUCUGUCAGAGGACGGAUCUGACCAACGGAGGACAAACUAUCACAGACAGACUUUCUGUGAUUUGCUUCUUGUGUGUACAUGGCCGCGCUGAGGUUCGGUUGCUUGUGAGUCAUUUAUUUUGCCCCCUGCAAUGCCCUGAUGCUGCUCCACUCACACACACACACACACUCACUGUCUCUCUAUCAGGAUGAUCGACAGGUAAAAGCCACUGUCAGCUAUGUAGACCUGUAGCACUGGCAGGUGAUGGCUGUUAGAAACACACACACACACACAGACACACACACACAGCAAACAUUACUCCAAAUCAACACCUGUAUUCAUCCACAGCUGCAACAAGAAACCUUCUAUCAUAAACAUUUUCCAGAUCAGAUUUGAAACGAUGCGGCCCCAUUUCAGAACAUGAUUUUUGGACCUUUUAGCUCGUUCCGAUUGAUGUUGAUCCUGGCCUCCUCCUGCACCUUGCCGUAUGCCAAAUGUUAGUUGGCUGAAUGCAAACAGUGAACAGAAUCAUGCAUGCACACGCAAACACACUCAAUGUAAACACACACAGAUACACAAAGGGCUUGCCAAGCAUGUUAAAGCAUGCAUGAUGACUGAAGCACUUUCUCUCCAAGCGCACAUAGAGCCCUCACCCCACAGCAACCAAUAACUGACCACAUAUCCAACUAUACCUGUUCCUCUCACACACACACAUGCACUCACACACACAUAAACACACACAUGCACUCACAAACACAAACACCUUUCCCAUGCCACUGUCAGGACUGUAUUGUUGUCUUGUACUACCACCAUAAAGCCAAGCUUUCCUAUAAUAACGUGCUAUCAUUAUAGAGACAUACUGUAGAUCUGUAAAGACGUAUACACUGAAGAAGACUAUACUGCCUAUGAAUGUAUGUUAAUAAUGAAUAUAUGCUGUGUCAAAAUGA